AUGAAAAGAGUUGUUCUAACAGCCAAUAAGGGCUCCCAGCCACAGGGCUCGAUCUGUCAAUUAUGUCAGUUCUCGACUUCAACGCCCCGUCGUGGCCUCCCUAUCGCGCGUCUCCCCACCGCUCGCGCAAGUCGAGCUGCGACCUCCAAUCUCCGUUUACAACCCUCGAAUCGAACCGAUAGGUUGAUACUCGGCUCUCCUUCGCUUAUUUUCCGUCGAUAUGCUUCCGCUGCGACCACUAGGAUAAGCCCAGAGGAUGCAAUCAAAGAGAUUGCGCAGGAUGCAUUGGCCGUACAUCAAUCAAACGCGGCGGCCUCCAACGAGGUGGUGAUAGAAUUGCUACAAAGAUGCCAGCUGGUCGCCAAAUCCCUUGUCUUACAGGAACGGGAUCAAAUCGAGGGAUCAUCAAAGGGUGAGGGCAACGCGGUCUCUUCUUUACUAGACCUGGAGGAGAAGCAACCUGCGCCGAAGAACAAAGGCAAACCACACUCCUUACAACAUCCGGACCCCCGACUGGCAAAUUCAGUCGCAAAAAUCGCCGUUGACCUCUUGAAGGACGAGAAGGUCUUCAUUUCGCCCGAAGCUCUGGCCUCCUGCACCGAGACCCUGACUCUACUGCGACGGGCCGAGCACUUCCCCGAGCUCUUCCACCUUUAUGCCUACAAGCCUGUCCCAGAAGAGGGUAGCUCUCCGGUGAAGUUGCUGAAAGCCAACCCCAAGAGUGUCAACAGCGCCGUUCCGGCGGAGCUGGCUAACAUGGCUCUUGGGGUUGCCAUUGCACAGAAAAAUCUCUCGCUCGUGCUGGCCAUCAUCGAUAAUACUUUCUGCGCCCCCGCCUUCCACCGUGCGAAGAUCUUCAAGAAAGCCGGCGUCCCGCUGGCUGGCCUUGCGGCUGCCCCGGCUGCUUGCUAUGCUCUCGCAUCGUGGGCCGCAACAUUCCAGAACACAAUGGAUCCGAGCGUAGCGACUGGGAUUGCGUUUGCCGCUUCACUGGCUUACGUUGGCGGUGCAUCCUCCAUGGGCUUUUUGGCUAUUACCACGGCUAACGAUCAGAUGGAACGUGUGGUCUGGAUUCCUGGUAUCCCACUGCGGCAACGGUGGUUGCGCGAGGAAGAGCGCGCUGCUAUGGAUAGAGUUGCUGUUGCAUGGGGUUUUAAGGAUCCUUAUAUGAGAGGCGAGGAAGUUGGUGAAGAGUGGGAAAGUCUUCGUGAGUUCAUUGGCAUGCGGGGCAUGGUUCUGGAUAAGACCGAAUUGAUGGAAGGCAUGGAGUAA